AUGACUCACGAGUGCAGCAGUGAAUGUUGCCUCCACAGACAAAUUAUCCUUUUCCUAUUCGAGCAGCAGGGGAGUAAAAAUAUCGUCUUGGGAAGCCUUGGGAUGGGAGUAUUCAGAGAUAAUGUCGAAGGUGGUAGCAGGGGCUAUGGAGAGAACAUUCGUUUGGAGAUGCUGCUCGAUUUUGAACGCGUCCUUUCAUCAAAUUUUAUUCAGUAUCGUUGGAGAGAAAUACUGUGCGUAGUGUCUACCAUAGGGCCCCGCCCCACAGGACAAUAA